UUUCGAGCGGUACAUGCUGUAUUUUACCGUUAAAUAGAAGUGAUUUGCUUUUUUUCUGCACAGGCAACGGUUUAUUGAUUUUUCACAGAAAUAGUGUUUUAGAUUCUAUUAAGGCAUUUUUGGGUGAAAUGACCACGCCCGAGAUUGUUGUAAAAACAGAAGUCGAUUUCGAUUACAUUGCGAAUUAUACGGGUGAUGGAGAUACACAGAAUUCACAAAGUUCGCAGAGCGGUGUUUAUAACACAAAGCCAUCCUGCUGCAACAUUGGCGUGCAACACAGCGCUGCACAGCUGGAAACGGGGCGUUCACAAUAUGGCGUUCAAGGAAUGCAAGUCGAUGGUGAUAGCGAUGACACGAGCUUAAUGAAAUUGUUGAAAGAGUUCGAUUUGGAAAUACUUUUCACAACAUUGAAGUUGAACGACAUCACUUUUCGCAGCUUAAAGUAUCUAACCGUUGACGACAUAAAUGCUGCCAUACGACACCUUGGCUAUCGAGCCGAGUUUCGAGAAAAACUCUUCGCCUGGCGAAAUGAAAAGUUUCCUACAAUAGACAACAAUAAACCGAUUUUGACAGCCGCCCAACAGCUGGUGGCGCCCACAAAUGUAGCAACCAAAAGAACGCCCACUUCAAUUGUAGCACCCGCAAUAUCCGUACAAUCACUACAACAACUACAAGCUACACCGAAUAGCUUGCAAACAGUCACAGCCAAUGCGACCACCAACAAUGCCAUAGCAACUCCAACUGUCACACCCAGCAAUGUUGUCGGUUCUUCCGUCCCUGCGGGGAUAACAACCACACCAACAACAGGAUCGGCGACCAUUAUCAAACGCAACAUGGCACCAGCUGAGGAUUUCCUGAGUAUGCUGCCGGGCGUAAGUGGCACAACCGCGCGCAUGAGUAAUAAUAUGCCUGCCGUUGUGUUAGAGCCGACAUUAGAUUCACGCGGCGCAUUCAGCUUUAUGCCGCAAUCGGCCAAAGCACCAAAACGACACUCAAUGGCAACGAUAAACACGCCAACAACAACCGUAACACCAACAACGACAGCAAUCGCAGCGACAAUGGCGACAAGAGCUUCGACAAAAACCAUAAAUGCCGAGCAGAAUUUUAUGUUGACGAUUGGAGGUGUCGCCGGCGAGGGUAGUAGUAAUGCAAGUGCAAGUGGGAGCAGAGUUGCAAAUGUGAGCGGCAACAGCAGCAGCAACAAUGUUGCGGAAUUAGGGCAUGGUGGGAGCAGCGGAAUGGGCUAUUCACCUAAGGGGCCAUUGAUUAUGAACUGUGCCAAAGUGGACACGGUGAAGGUGCUGCAGAGCUCACAUAUCGGCCAACGCAUCAACCAAUUUUACAACAAAAAUGGCUACCUUGAGAAUCAUCAGCGCAAUGAAAUUGUACGCCUCAUUGUCGCCGAUGUGAUGCGUCAGGGGGAGACGCUGUGCCCAAAGGAUCUGCGUGCAAUUUUGAGUGACAUCAUAACGCUAUUUCCCAAUGAGCAGGCCGCAGCGGAUUACUACUUUAUCUACCGUGGCGGCAAGGGCAACCCACUGGGGCGCCUCUAUCAACGCUACUCCAAUGAGAAUGUCAAGCGUCGUCGUAUGAUACGCCUCAGUGAUGAUGAGGACUGCAGCACCUAUGACGUUGAUAUGACGCAACAAAUGAGCAGUAGCAGCAAUCUAAUGGAUGAUGACGACACCAUGUCUACGUAUCCACCAGACUUGCCGGGUCAGGUGCCACGCGUUGAUGAGAUGACUGCGCUGGCUUUAAAGCAGCUACUCACCACAGAUCAUUUUAGUUGGGAGGAAGUUUGCGAUAAGUGGAUACAAACGUGGGCACUGCGGCAGAAGGAAUUGCAGCAGAGCGGCUUGGCGGAUCUGCUGACCAAUUGGUCCAAGUUGGGUGAUCCACGUGCAGCAGAGUUGUAUAAGAUCGACUUUCGUCAUGUUUACCCGGAAAAGGAAAACCUAUUGAUUGCCAAAUGGGAUGAGUAUAUAAGGAAAGUAACGUCGCAGUUUGAUAAGAAACUCAAUCAGGAUGAUUUAAAAAAACUCUACAAAUAUUGUAAAAUGGGCAUGGCAAGCAAAGAUGAAAAGGACUUCGUCUACGCCGUUGGUCUGACCGCUCUACUGCCUUGUACGAGCCGCUUUAAGGAUCACUAUGGCAAGCUGAGCAUACGCGCCAAUCUGACUGACAGUAUCGAUUCUUUUGUAAUGCGUCUCAAUUCGCUUGAGUCCUAUGAAUCCCGCUUGGAUUUAUAUAAUCGCAAAUAUGGGCCAGUGAAUCGCACCACGCAGCCAUUCUUGGUGGUCAUUAUGCCCAAUGAAUGCACCAUUUCGAAAAUCUAUGUGGCAUUGGAAAAUCAUUUCUAUUGCAUGCAAUCAUUUUUGCAAGCACUCGAUUUAUGUUACAAGAUUUAUCACACCUGCGGUUUGAAGUAUCCCACUAUGUGUGAGAAUGUGUGGACAUUUAUUCAGCGAUUUUUCUAUGAUAUGACUGUGCCAUGGGAAGCGAGAAAUGCGAAUUUGGUUUCGUUGAUGGUCUCUUUAACAAUGCGAAAUUGAGCGAGAGGAGAGAAAUUAUAUUUAUUACG